UCCCAUCCCCACUCCUCGGCAUCUCGACCCAUUUGCCCCCUUUUUUCAACCCAUCUCUCUCUCACCCAAUACCCAGAAGAAAAAAAAUAUUGAACCAAAAAACAGAAGAAGGAAGCGGAUACCAUUUUCUCGAGGUGGAAGAAUCCAACGGUGACGGAGGUCGACCCCCUUUUCAUUUCUUUUUAUCUGAUCUGAUCUGAUCUGGAUUUUGGGAUUAAUGGCGCCGAGGGAGAAGGCGAUUGCCGUCAAGCCCAACGUCGGUAACGUGAAGGAUGUGCAUUUUAGAGGAGUGAGGAAGCGACCAUGGGGGAGAUACGCCGCUGAGAUCAGAGAUCCCUGUAAGAAGAGCCGUGUUUGGCUUGGAACCUUUGAUACCGCGGAGGAGGCGGCUCGAGCCUACGAUAACGCCGCUAGAGAGUUCCGCGGCGUUAAGGCCAAGACCAAUUUCCCUUUGCCUUCUGACGAUCAGCUUCUUAACCUUAACAAAAAGAUUAACAACAUCAACAAUAAUCAGAGCCCGAGUCAGAGUAGCACGGUUGAGUCCUCUAGCCGGGAGCAAGCUCUGAUGGUUGAUUCCUCGCCUUUGAAUCUCAAUCUUGGUCACGGUAUUGGCGGACUGACGACCGCCGGACCCAUCAGUUUUCCAUUUCAGCGGUUCCAAAUUCCCGUGAUCGGAGAAGUUUUUACCCGCGGUGGCAUACCACCGUCGAAUCACGUUCUCUAUUUCGAUGCCGCCCUUCGUGCCGGAAUGAUCAAAAGUCAUCCACAUCAUCCGAACCAACGCCUACGCUUCGACCAUCUUCGCGAAGCGGUGAGUGAUUUCAGACGCGAGUUGGCCAGCGGCGGUGUUCAAAGCGACUCCGACUCGUCGUCCGUUGUGGACAUGAACGGUCCAGACCUCAAGCCCCGAGGAGGAGGAGGCGGAGGACUGGAUUUAGAUCUGAACUUCCCCCCACCAGAAUCCGCCUGAAAUUUUUUCCCUACGCAAAGAUUGGCUGGGAUUUAUCAUAAAUUAGGUCCCCCACUUUUUUUUCCUUAAAUUUUUGGGUUUAUGAAAAUAACUUAAAUACGAAAUAUUACGAGUGGAGAAAGAAAGAUGAAUGAUACGAUUGUGAAUACAAAAUCCGAUCUCCUCAUUUUUUGCAACACAGAGAAGAAAUGAAAACCCAUAUGGAGUUUUUUUUGUCCUCCUGAUGUUGUUGUCGACGAGGGAUCAUUUUGCAAUUUUUUUUUCCCCAUGAAUUAAUUUUUGAUGUAGUUGGAAGCUUGUAAUCAUCUGAAUGAUUUUUACUUGAAAUUAAAUUUAAAAAGAUCGCAUUGUACAA